GACGUACGCAAAUAAAUCCUCGAGUACCUUCCCCUCCAGCCUGUUGGAGAGCUGAGGAGAGAGUGACUGGAACGAGGACCCAAAAGAAGAAAAGAAGGACUAGCUGGCGACUGUUUCUCCAAUCACCGAUAGGACGAUGACUGGGAUUAAAGAAGACAAAGCUUUCUCGGAGCAAUUUGAAGUCAAGGAGGACCUUGGAAAGGGAGCAUUUAGCAUCGUUAGGAAGGUCGUACACACUUCUAGUGGUGUCGACUAUGCUGCUAAGAUCAUAAACACCAAGAGGCUCAGUGCUAGAGAUCUUCAAAAGCUCGAAAGAGAAGUCAAGAUAUGUAGGAUGCUUCAGCAUAACAACAUUGUACGGCUUCACAACGUUUUUCAAGAAGGACAUGUGCGAUACAUGAUAUUUGACUUGAUUACUGGCGGGGAGUUAUUUGACGAUAUUGUUGCCAGGGAGUUUUACUCUGAGAAAGAUGCUAGCUCUUGCAUCCAGCAAAUCCUUGACAGCGUUAGCUACUGCCACAAAAUGGGGAUCAUUCACAGGGAUAUAAAGCCUGAGAACUUGCUAUUGUCUUCAAAGAAACCAGGCGCCUCGGUUAAACUGGCAGACUUUGGAUUAGCCGUUGAGACUGAAAAGAAGAAACAUUAUUAUGGGUUUGCUGGUACCCCUGGGUAUCUCUCUCCUGAGGUUCUACGUAAGGAACCUUACGAUAAAGCUGUGGAUCUGUGGGCUUGCGGCGUUGUCCUGUACAUCCUCUUGGUUGGGUAUCCUCCUUUCUGGGACGACGACCAGUCUAAGAUGUUUGAGCAAAUAAAGCAAGGAAGAUAUGAGUAUCUGAGUCCUGAAUGGGAUUCGGUAACUGACGAGGUUAAGAAGCUGAUUGAUGGCAUGUUAACUAUGGAUCCUGAUAAGCGCAUCACUGCUGAGCAAGCACUGUCACACCCUUGGAUUAAAAAUCGUGACAAGGUUGCUUCCAUGAUGCACAGGCAGGAGACCAUUGCUGGUCUCAAGAGGUUUAACGCUCGAAGGAAACUCAAGGCAGCCAUGCACACUGCAAUGAUAAUCUCCAGAAGAUCAUCAGCAUUCAUAAGACCUACUGGAAGCCCAUCCACCAGUUCCUCUAAUCUUGCGUCCCCGCCCACCAAUCCUGAAAACCUUACACUAAUUGAGGAGGCAGACACUUGUGCCACUCCUACUUCUAAUGCUACGCUGUUGCCUAGCAACCCUGAUAGCAAUGGAGGCCAAUAUUCACCUGAGGAGAAGGAGAUCAUAGAUAUUACCCAGCUCCUCUUGAACAGCAUUGGGCAGAAAGACUUUGCUGACUACAGUAAAAGGUGCAGUGAAGGAAUGACAAGUUUUGAACCUGAAGCUUGUUCACAGAUGGUGACUGGCCUUGACUUUCACAAAUUUUAUUUUGACAACAUGAAGGCCAACACGCCCACACAGAACAAUAUCCUGAAGCCAAAGGUUCACAUGCUUUCCGAAGGUGUUGCUUGCAUAGCAUACACUCGCUUAACACAAUCUAUAGACAAUCAAGGUACUCCGUACAGUCAAGUCUCAAAUGAGACUCGUGUCUGGAAGAAGCUCAAUGAUGAGUGGAAGUGUGUCCAUUUUCAUCGCUCUUCCCAGUAGUAGCCAGGGAUCACACAAGUGACGUAGCAUAUUAUCAUUAGGAUAUUAUUGGAAUAUUUUUGGGAUACUUAACUUUUAACUAGUUUUGUUACAAUAAUAAUUAUUUUUCAUUAUUUUCGUCGUCAAUAUUCACUUUACAUCUAAUAAUUUUAUUCUUUUUUUUUGUCGUUUUCUGUUUCUCAUGUUUAUUUGUUUUUAACUUUUAGUUCUGUAGAAUUAAUAAUAAUGUCUAUUAUUAUUAAUUUUUAAAAAGUUUAGUU